GCGAGGCGCCAGUCCGGGUAGGAGGUGAAGCGAGAGGCGGGUAAACAUUUAAGGAAUCUGUGGAGAAGGAGUCGCCUUUCUGGAUGGCAGCCUGUGAGGAGGAGUUUGAAGUCCCGACAGAAGAGCUGGAUGUAGCUCAAGGCCAUGAGAACUUUCCAGUUAGCGCCUGGCCCCCGGGGGCGGAACCAGAGCCCUUCCAGUAUACCCCUGAUCAUGUAGUUGGACCUGGAGCAGACAUUGAUCCCUCUCAAAUUACCUUUCCUGGAUGCGUUUGUGUCAAAACUCCCUGUCUCCCUGGAAGUUGCUCCUGUCUCCACUAUGAAGAGACGUAUGAUGACAAUUUGUGCCUUAGAGAUACAGGAUCAGAAGCACAGUAUGCCAAACCUAUUUUUGAAUGCAAUGUCCUGUGCCAGUGUGGUGACAACUGCAGAAACAGAGUGGUUCAGAGGGGUCUCCAGUUUGACCUCCAGGUGUUCAAGACAGAUAAAAAAGGCUGGGGACUUCGUACUUUGGAACUUAUAUCGAAAGGAAAGUUUGUCUGUGAAUAUGCUGGUGAAGUGUUAGGAUUCUCUGAAGUACAGAGAAGAAUUCACUUACAAACAACAAAUGACUCAAAUUACAUUAUAGCCAUCAGGGAACAUAUUUAUAAUGGACAGAUACUGGAAACAUUUGUUGAUCCUACCUAUAUAGGAAAUAUUGGAAGAUUCCUUAAUCAUUCUUGUGAGCCAAACCUGUUGAUGGUUCCUACUCGAAUUGACUCAAUGGUUCCUAAGUUAGCACUUUUUGCAGCUAAAGACAUUUUGCCAGGUGAAGAACUCUCUUAUGACUAUUCAGGAAGAUUUCUUAAUCUAAUGGACAGUGAAGACACAGAAAAGACAGAUAAUAAGAAAUUAAGAAAACCUUGUUACUGUGGUGCCAAAUCAUGUACUGGUUUCUUGCCUUAUGACAGUUCAUUGUACUGCCCCUUACAAAAGCCAGAUAUCAAUUAGGAAGGAAAUUCCCACCCACUCCCUUCCUUAGUGGGCAGGAAUAAGAAGGAACCAAGCAUGUGUGGUCUACCUGCUUCUGGAUUCCCCUUCUGCAAGUAAUUUACCUUCCAGGUAAUUCUGCUGUGUGGUAAGCAGCUUGCCUCUCUCUAUAAAUGAGGCUAGUGGUUGUUCUAGCCUUGCCUCUCCCUUAUUGUAUAAAUUUAUUUCAAGAAUGUGGCAGAGACUAAGUGGUCCACCUUCUCUAAUAGAAUUCUCAUUUUGUUCUGGGUAUAUGACUACCCAUAAUACUUGAUUUCUUAAUUAGACAUGGCUAAGUGACUUAGGCUCUAGCUAAUGGAAUAUAAACAGAAUUACCAUGUCUUAAGUGGAGAUAAGUUGCCCUUUUUAUUUUUCUUUUAAGCUGGAAUCCAUACAUGAUGGCUAGAACGUGGGUAACAAUCCUUAUUUAUCGUUUGUUUCUAAAGAUCAGUUGAGGAUAAAGAUACAGUAAAUUAUCACUUCCUAAAACCUUAAUAACCAUCAGUAAUGCAAAAUAUAACCAUGAGAAUGAUCUCUGUUGUAUAUAAGAGUUAGAAAAGGAAACACAUUGUAAAAUUUUUAUCAUACACUUGGCAUUACUCCAAAGCUUGUGAAGUUAUGCUUCAGAACUCUAGACAACCUCACUUCUUCAUAUAUGAAUAGCAGAUAUACCCUGUCAGCACCACAGGAGAUGGGAGUUUUAUAAUCCCAUUUAAACUUCUGGAGAAGGAAAGGUUUCUAACUGGCUUCCUUAAAGCAAAGAUGUUGCAAAAAUAUAGUUUCUAUGGAUGUUAAUUAGACAUUUUGAAAGAAAAAAUUGAGACCCUAUAGUAUUAAUAAUUCCAUUUUUCUGUGGUACAAUUAAGCCUGAGGUCUUGCACUUAAAAUUCAACUAUAGAGAUCCAUGUUAUGUUUAACACCCUAUUUGUAUGUAAUAUCCUAAGUAUGUUAGUUGUAUACUUUAAAUGAGUAAAAUGUAUGGUAUGUGAAUUAUGCUUCAAUAAAAGUGGGUUUGUUAAAGUAUGAUAGGAUUUAUAUGUUCAUGUAACAUUAUCAGGUAUGAGUCUUUGUGAACAAAAGAUAGAGUACUCAUAAAAUGCCCCAAACUACUAAUACACAAUGUCAGAAUAUUCCUCCAAACUCAUUUUUCCUUAGAACCUUCCAGUUACUUUGAUUUUUUUGAAGCUGUCCCAGUGUUUUAAAUUUUAUAUAAAUACAUUUUAACGUAAAAUUUAUAGCUGCUUAAGACCAAUUCAUUUUUUAGAAGGAUUUUUUUUUUUUUUUAGUAUGGGGGAUCAAACUGAGGACCAUGUGCUUGUGAGGCAGGCGGUGGCACCACUGAGUUAAAUCCCUGGCCCAAGAAGGCAUAUUUUGAAGAGAAUUUUUAUUUUAAAAUUUUAGCAGAGGAGAAUAGCUUGCUCAUUAUGCUUUGUUUUUGUUUGUUUGUUUGUGGUACCAGGGAUUGAACUCGGGACCUUGCGCUUGUGCGGCAGGCACCAGAACCACUGAGCUAAAUCCCUGGCCCGCUUACUCAUUAUCUUAUUGCCCUCUUUCUAGAAACAUGAAACUCAUCAAAGUACAUUUUAUUUUAUGAGUCUUAAGCUUAUUUUAUGAUAAUAAAACUUUUUUCUGAAA